AUGGCCCACCGCAUCGUAACCCAGGUCGUCGUAACAGGCGCCCGCGUUUUCGGCCGCGCCUUCGCCGAAGCCUACAAGCAAGCCUCCGCAGCCUCAAAAUACCAACAAAAGACCGGCAAGUCCGUCGGCGGUUCCGCGGCCUCCUCGGGCCUCACUUUGGACGAGGCAUGCAAGAUCCUGAACGUCAAGCCCCCGCAAGCCGGCGAAGCGAACCUGGAGCAGACGAUGGAACGGUUCAAGAAGCUCUUUGACAUGAACGACCCGCAGAAGGGAGGCAGCUUUUACCUGCAGAGUAAGAUUCUCCGCGCGCGCGAGCGGAUAGAGAUGGAGGUUCGGCAGGCGGAGAGGCACGCGGCGCAGGAGAAGGAAUUGAAGGAUGGGUGGAAGCCGAAGGUUUACAAGGAUCGGUGA